GCAGGCGGGAAGCCCCGCUUUAAUGGAAACCUGGGAACCCCGCCUCAGGAGGAGAGAACACCACGAAGUCCGCCCCGCUGCGUUCAGUGGGGCUUACUCGCAGGAAACGGAGUGAAUAGGAUCGCAGCCUCAAGCGUCCCCGGCUAGGCCUCGCCUGCGCCGAGUCCUCCCGGCCUGCAGAGGCCGCUGCCGGGUCCGGCGGCUGAGGCCAUCGAGAGGCGCCUCUCCGCCCGGCUCAGCCGCUGCGUGACCCCACCCAGGAGCAGCUGAGCGGCCGGAGCCGAGCGUGUGCGCGUCUGCGAGCCGAGCGGAGCCCCGAGGCAGAGCGCGGCGGCGGCGGCAAGGCCGGCUCGUUCCGGGGGACAAUAAAGAGGCGCCGGGCCUGGCUGCGCUGCUGCGAGGUCGGGGAGCAGAGAAAGGAGCAGGAUGCUGGCGCUCUUCACCAAGCUGCUGGACUGGUUCCGGGCGCUCUUCUGGAAGGAGGAGAUGGAGCUCACCUUGGUGGGGCUGCAGUACUCGGGCAAGACCACCUUCGUCAACGUGAUCGCGUCGGGGCAGUUCAAUGAAGAUAUGAUCCCAACAGUGGGCUUCAAUAUGAGGAAGAUCACCAAGGGAAAUGUUACUAUAAAGCUCUGGGAUAUUGGGGGCCAGCCUCGUUUUCGUAGCAUGUGGGAGCGGUACUGCCGUGGAGUCAGUGCCAUAGUAUACAUGGUAGAUGCUGCAGACCAGGAGAAGAUUGAAGCCUCAAAGAACGAACUUCACAACCUGCUUGAUAAGCCACAGCUCCAGGGCAUCCCUGUCCUUGUUCUUGGGAACAAGCGAGAUCUGCCUGGUGCCUUGGAUGAGAAGGAGCUCAUUGAGAAGAUGAACCUGUCUGCCAUCCAGGACCGAGAGAUCUGUUGCUAUUCAAUCUCUUGCAAAGAAAAGGACAACAUUGACAUCACCCUACAGUGGCUUAUUCAGCACUCAAAAUCCCGGCGAAGCUGAGAGCCCUUUGGCCAGGUCUUGGAUCGGGAAGAUGCCAUUGUAAAAGCCCAAACGCACCUCCUCCUUUCUCUUCCCCCAUCUCCUGCUCUUUCCAACCCUCUCGCCCACCUCCCUCUCCCUAGAUGGGUAUUUUUAGGGGACCCCAGAUUCCUCUUCUGCUGAGAUUGAACUCCUGUUUUUAUUGUAAAGAAACUGUCUGCCUCCUCCCCCUCCCCCUCGCUCCUUACUCUGGUUUUGGCACUGUUCUGUUGUCGUCGGUGUGUGUACAGUAUAUAUAUAUAUAUGUAUAUAUAUUUUAAUUUUUUAAUUUAAGCAAUUUUGCUGUUAUUAAAUGGGGCCUGUGAGCUGUCGCAGGGGGUGGUGCGGGUGGGGCAGCAGGAAAUGGAUGGGGUGGGGAAAGUACCAAACGCAGUAUUGGGAAUGUUACGAGCAGUCAGGGGCAGUUGGAAUCUUGCUGGAGGGCUUUGGGCAGUAUCUUCCCCCAAGAGACCUCCUUCUUUUCCACCUCAAGCCCCUCCCUUCUCCUUCUGCAACAGGAUCCAGGGGUCUCUCCCCUCUCUGCUGCCCCAAGCUGCUCAGCACUAUGGUUAGGGGAUGAGCCCCUGGGAAAGGUUCAUAGAGCAGUAUUGUUCAUGGUCUGAGAUUAUAGAGGAGUGUUGGUGCCAUCUCUUCCUCCUGCCCAGUGUCCGCUGAGCCCUGGGCAGCUUU